CCCACUCCCUCACUGCUUCCGGUGCACUGUAGUAUUCCUCCUCCCCCCGGUGCACGGCGACACUGCACGGUGUUGUACCGGCCUCGGCCGCGCAGCUGGGAUGUCUGCUGUGUACGGUCACCGCCUCCUCCUGGUUUCUGUGUAAAAAAAGAAAGAAAAAGAAAAAUCAGAGAAAGAGAGAGAGACUGAGGGUAGAGAGAGUGGGUAGUGCAGGCUGGGUGCCCUGGGCUGCGGCGCUCAGCAACCAUGGCCUUUGUCAGCCUGUUCUCCAGACCCCCCAACCCAGCCAUUGCCACCCACAUGCCAGAGUAUGCAGGGGACGAAAGAAAGGAGGGCGAGCUGGAAGAUGGAGAAAUAGAUGACGCAGGACUGGAAGAAAAGCAGCCGGAUGAAACAAAGGAAGAGACUAAGGAGGAAGAGGAUGAGCCCUCAAGUGAGAAAUUGCAUAAAAAGUCUAGAAAACGGAAAAAGAAAGUAAAAGUGAAAGUUAAGAAGAAACGACGUCACCGAGAGAAGCACAAGCAUAGUUCACCGGCCAGUGAUGACAGCUCAGAUAACAGCUACGAUUCAGAUGAGGAUGACUCUGAGCCCCCUAUGUACAGAGACCCCCCUUAUAAACCUCCCAUGUACAGGGACUACGACUCUCAUUUCUCACAGGAGCUGAACAUCAGCAACAAAAUGUUUUUGGAACCUCGUGUUCCUUAUCUUAUUUACGGACAUGCACACGGAAGUUACAUGACCUCCCCGAAAUCUCUGCAUAGCAAGAAAAAUCCCAUGGAUUAUGAUGACUACAGCAAUUAUAGUGAUGGCAACUACAAUGAGGAAGAGCAGGAGGAUUUUGCGGAACAGCUGAAGCACUAUAGACAGGCCAAGGAAAGCUCUGAUGGAUCUGAACCUCCUUAUAAAAAACCAUGCAUGAGAAUGACAGGAGCUGAUCCACAGCAGAAAGGGUAUUUCUAUGGACGAGGAACUGGUCCGCAGAAGAAGAAUACUAUGCGCAAAGAGCGUGGCAGAGGAAGAGGAGCACACAAAGGCCCAAACCCUUAUUUUCAAGAUGGUUUCCAAGAGGAGAAUAAGCCCAUGAAGAAAUGGGUGACAAUGAGUCAGGAGUUCAUUAGUCAGCACACAGUGGAACGCAAAGGGAAACAGAUCUGCAAGUACUUUCUGGAGAGACGUUGUAUAAAGGGAGAUCAGUGUAAGUUCGAUCAUGAUGCAGAGGUAGAAAAGAAGAAAGAAAUCUGCAAGUUUUAUAUACAAGGUUAUUGUACCAGAGGAGAGAACUGCAUCUACAUGCAUGGCAAAUUUCCUUGUAAAUUUUACCAUACCGGAGUCAUGUGUUACCAAGGCGACAACUGCAAGUUUUCUCACGAGGAUCUUAAUGACGACAGCAAGGAGUUACUGCACAAGGUAUUAAACACAGAGGAAGAGAUGCAUCACGAGGAUGAAGAGGAGCCAGAGGAAAUUCCACGACAUGGAGCAAAGUUUUACAGCCAGUCAUAUACGGGGAUGCCGUUCCCAGCAAAUCGCCCAUCAAUGUACAACUCGGAGCCAUUGCCUGAAACUGGGCCCCUGACACCACCGCCACAGUCCGCACCAUUGUACGGCAAUCCAGGCAUGAAUGCACCGUUCAAUGCCUCUGCAGGCAAAGGCCAUGGCCCAGACCACCAGAGAGAAGGUGCCAAUGCACCCGGACCCCCUUUCCUCCACAGUGCAGAUGAGAAGCUGCAUGGGAUGCAUCAGCAAAGCAGCUACCAGUCUGGCCAAAGCGCACCUGGGUUCUAUGACAACUACUACUCCCAGCAGGCUGUCCAUCAUGUGCAGCCCUCAAACAUGGCGGAAUCUAUGCAUAAAGUUUUGUUUGCGAGAAUUGGGAAAAAAAUGGAUGGUGCAGAAAGCAACAAUCUUCCGCCACAAAGAUCAGUGAGCAGGGAAGAGGAUGAGUUUGCAAACUGGUACAGCAGCGAGGAGGAGGAUGAGAGUGGUGUGAGUUCAAUCCUAAAAAAGCUGAGAAACCAAACAAAAUUGGCCAUGAGUAACUCCGUAGAACAACAGCCAGCCACUCAGACUUUUGACCCAAAGCUGACAAAAGACAGGGCGGCUGGAGUGCAGACUUUUGACCCUCGAGUAAGGACUGCCCAGGGACUAAGUCCUGGACAGCAGGUUGAAAGUGUCUCCUUGAACCCAAGAGCUGUACGUGACCCUAGAAAGAUGAAACCCAGCGAGACCUCCACUGCCAGCCAUGUUGCUCAGUUUGGGGCCACUGUCAAGCAGAAAGGGUUAGACGAGGACGAUGAAGAUGCCGAGCGGGAGCUGAGAGAGAAAGCCGCCAUAAUACCGUUAGAGACAUUGGCAGGUGUAAAUCUAAGAGACCCACGGUGUAAGCUGAGACAGUUCAGUCACAUAAAAAUGGAUAUUAUACUGUCCAAACCUAACUUUGCCAAACUAAUCGUCUGGGCACCCGAGGAUUUACUCCCAGUCCCCCCUCCUAAGCCCGACCCGGUUUCAUCCAUAAAUUUGCCGUUACCUCCGCUUAUUGCCGACCAGAGGCUUAAUAAAUCCAGGGGUCUGGUCAGUGAGCUGCACCAGUCCGCCUCUGACCCACGACUAGAAAAGCUAGACCCAAGACUGGAAACAAAAGGUAAACAGGCGAGUAUCGCAGUCAAAGGCACCUUUGCCGAUCACACCGAUUCACACGUGGUUAUCAACAAACUGAGCGAUCCUCGGCUGCAGAAAAGUCUCCAGUCCAGACUACACAGAUCACCCAGCUCUGACAGCCAGCCUGCAGCUAUGAAAGAUGCAGUUUCACAUAAGGUAGACCCCCGCUUGGCAGCCAGAUCAGCAAUGGGUUUGUCGCCAACAUCGGUCAAACCUGCUCAAGAUGUCCUUUCAACUUAUGCUCCCAAAUUGUCCCCUGCAAGUAGCAGGUUGGGGACUCCCCCAUCUAUUCUGAAAAAUAUCAGUUUAUACAAUCCACGCGACACUGCUGCGCCCUCUUCAGAUCCGGCCUCAGUUGGAGUAGGAGAGAGUGAGGAUCAGCAGAAAAAGAUUGCCAAUCCGAGCAAGCUGUGCCAAAAUGAGUCUGGGGCAACAGACAGUGCGCAGCAGCCCACAUGUCCCACUGGAGAUGGGACACUGGGAAAAAAUACACCAAGUCAGGAGGAUAGUGAGGACAAAUCGGAUUGUCCAGAUGUCAAACCGGAGGCAUCGAAUAAACCUACGUUAUCACAGCCAAGCACUGCUCCUGCAGUCCACAACCUGCCGAUCCAAGUCUUGUCAGGACUCAUAAGGCCUCAGUACAGUGAGCAAAGACAGAUCAAACCAGCAGGCCCUGCCAGCCAAACACCAGACACUAACGUUGAGGUGGACGAAGACGACAAGCCUCUGAAAGAUGUUUUCAAAACCUUUGACCCCACGGCUUCUCCAUUUUGUUAGCAUCACCCCUGUUUUUCAGAGGAGUCCUUUUGUAAAUAAUGCCCACUCCCUGCUGGUUCGUAACAGGCUUCUUCCUCCUCUCCUAUUUAUUUGUAAAUUAUGGCCCACACCUCUAUGGGUGAUUCCAGUGUAGAUGUCCACUGUGCUAGACUGCAUUUUCUGUGGUAUUGUGUCUUUUUCCUUUUCUUUCUUAUUUCCUUAAUCUCUCAUGUGAUAGUGGAUCGUAGAUUACAAUAAAGCACUUUUGUUGUACAUAGAACAUAAUGUGAAAAUUAUACAUGUAUAAGCUCAUGGACUUUUAUGGCACGUGUAUAAUCUGUAUGGUAUCUAGAAAUACAAUGUAAAUGAUCUAUACUGACAUGAAAACGCGGAUUUAUAGAAUGGUUUAGGCCAUUAAGCUGAAUGCAGCUCAGAUGAUAUGCAGUUAUUCUCCGUUUCAGACUAUAUCACAUUUUAUUGCCGUCAAUAAACUUAAAUUGUACGUAUAACCAUGUUCAUUUACGUAUAGGUGAAAUUGUGUUUUAAACAAUUUUAUUAUAUAACUGUUAAUAGAGAGGAUAACAGGAACAGGACCUUAGGAUACUGAGGAAAGGUGAUGUCUAAAGUGUUCUUUUUAAUUUCCUUUUCAAAUGAAGCAGUCAUCAUGUUACGUGUGUGUAGCUUAGGCAAUUGUGUUUAUGUAUUUUGCAUGGCAGUUUUGUAUUUCCAUUUUUCUUUUGUUGGUGUAUUUUCAAUUCCUAUUGAUUGUUUAUACAUUUUUAACUAAAUAUUUAAGUGAUAUUAAUCUGUUUAAGUGCACAGGUUAUGUUUUUGAUGGUUUACUCUUGCUUGUAAAACUACUAUUGGAAAUAUAUGUUAUACUCUUAAUUGUAUGUGCUUCGAUUAACUUUUGCAUGCAAAACGUGAAUUUCAUAAAUUGAUUUUUAUUUUG